UCGCGCUGGGGGCGGGGCUUGCGGGGGCUGAAGAGCGAGCGGGAGGGCGGGCCAGAGGCGGUAGGGCUGGGGCUGAGGCGGCGGCGGCGGCGGCCGGGUGCCCGGGACAGCGACGCAGCGCGGCCGCGACAGGGCCCGCGAAAGCCCCGCAGCCCGCCGCAGCCGCCGCCUCGCCGCGGCCAGGUCGGAGAGCACGGCGGCGGGCGCGCGGCCUUAGAAGGCGGCCGGAGCGGCCGGCACAGCUCAGCGCGGAGCGUCCUGUCAGGCGGCGGCUGGGGGCGCCGCGGACUCGCGCCGCGAUGAUGCCGAUGAUAUUAACCGUUUUCUUGAGCAACAAUGAACAGAUUUUAACAGAAGUUCCUAUAACACCGGAAACAACCUGUCGAGAUGUUGUAGAAUUUUGCAAGGAACCUGGAGAAGGCAGCUGCCAUUUAGCUGAAGUGUGGAGGGGAAAUGAACGUCCCAUACCCUUUGAUCAUAUGAUGUAUGAACAUCUUCAGAAAUGGGGGCCACGGAGGGAAGAAGUGAAAUUUUUCCUUCGACAUGAGGACUCCCCAGCUGAAAGCAGUGAACAAGGUGGCCGUCAGACCCAAGAGCAACGAACUCAGAGAAAUGUAAUAAAUGUACCUGGAGAAAAACGCACCGAAAAUGGGGUUGGGAAUCCACGUGUUGAACUUACCCUCUCAGAGCUCCAAGAUAUGGCAGCUAGGCAACAGCAGCAGAUUGAAAAUCAGCAGCAGAUGUUGGUUGCCAAGGAACAGCGUUUACAUUUUCUAAAGCAACAGGAGCGCCGUCAGCAGCAGUCUAUUUCUGAAAAUGAAAAGCUUCAGAAAUUGAAAGAACGAGUUGAAGCCCAGGAGAACAAGCUGAAGAAAAUUCGUGCCAUGAGAGGACAAGUUGACUACAGCAAAAUCAUGAACGGCAAUCUGUCUGCUGAAAUAGAAAGGUUCAGUGCCAUGUUCCAGGAAAAGAAGCAGGAAGUACAGACUGCAAUUUUAAGGGUUGAUCAGCUUAGUCAGCAAUUGGAAGAUUUAAAGAAAGGAAAACUGAAUGGGUUCCAGUCUUACAAUGGCAAAUUGACAGGACCAGCAGCAGUGGAGUUAAAAAGACUGUACCAAGAACUACAGAUUCGUAACCAGCUUAACCAGGAACAAAAUUCAAAACUUCAGCAGCAGAAGGAACUCUUAAAUAAGCGCAACAUGGAGGUGGCCAUGAUGGACAAGCGAAUCAGUGAACUGCGUGAACGUCUCUAUGGGAAAAAAAUUCAGCUGAACCGUGUGAAUGGCACGUCAUCACCACAGUCACCUCUGAGCACAUCUGGCAGGGUCGCUGCUGUGGGGCCUUACAUCCAGGUUCCCAGUGCUGGAAGCUUUCCUGUCCUGGGGGACCCCAUAAAGCCCCAGUCUCUCAGUAUUGCCUCAAAUGCUGUUCAUGGAAGAUCCAAAUCCGCUAAUGAUGGAAACUGGCCAACAUUAAAACAGAAUUCUAGCUCUUCAGUGAAACCAGUGCAGGUGGCCAGCACAGACUGGAAGGACACGAGCGUGGAGGGGUCUGUCAAGCAGGGCACCGUCUCCAGCCAGCCUGUGCCCUUCUCAGCACUGGGAGCCACGGAGAAGCCGGGCAUCGAGCUUGGUAAAGGGCCACCUCCCAUCCCAGGUGUAGGCAAGCAGCCGCCUCCAAGCUAUGGGACAUAUCCCAGUCCUACGCCUCUGGGUCCCGGGUCGACAAGCUCCCUGGAAAGGAGGAAGGAAGGCAGCUUGCCCAGGCCCAGCGCAGGCCUGCCAAGUCGACAGAGGCCAACCCUGCUGCCCUCCACAGGCAGCGCCUCCCAGCCGGGCUCCUCACAACAGAUUCAGCAGAGGAUUUCCGUACCACCAAGCCCCACGUACCCACCCGUGGGACCACCUGCAUUUCCAGCUGGGGACAGCAAGCCUGAACUCCCACUGACAGUGGCCAUUAGGCCCUUCCUGGCCGAUAAAGGGUCAAGGCCACAGUCUCCCAGGAAAGGCCCCCAGACAGUGAAUUCAAGUUCCAUAUACUCCAUGUACCUCCAGCAAGCCACGCCACCUAAGAAUUACCAGCCGGCAGCACACAGCGCCUUAAAUAAGUCAGUGAAAGCAGUAUACGGUAAGCCUGUUUUACCUUCGGGUUCAACGUCUCCAUCGCCACUGCCGUUUCUUCACGGGUCACUGUCCACGGGCACGGCACAGCCUCAGCCACCUUCAGAAAGUGCUGAGAAAGAGCCCGAGCAGGACGGCCCCACCGGCCCUGCAGAUGGUGGCACUGUGGAGAGCCUGCCACGGCCACUCAGCCCUACCAAGCUCACGCCCAUUGUGCAUUCACCACUGCGCUACCAGAGUGACGCAGACCUGGAGGCUCUCCGCAGGAAGCUGGCCAACGCGCCCCGGCCCCUGAAGAAGCGAAGCUCCAUCACAGAGCCCGAGGGCCCCGGUGGGCCCAACAUCCAGAAGCUGCUGUACCAGCGCUUCAACACCCUGGCCGGUGGCAUGGAGGGUACCCCUUUCUACCAGCCCAGCCCCUCCCAGGACUUCAUGGGCACCUUGGCCGAUGUGGACAAUGGAAACACCAAUGCCAAUGGAAACCUGGAGGAGUCCACCCCUGCCCAGCCCACAGUCCCGCUCCAUGAUGAGCCCGCCCCGUCGUCAGAUGCCAAUGACAAUGAGUUACCUUCCCCCGAACCAGAGGAGCUGAUCUGUCCCCAAACCACCCACCAAACUGCCGAGCCGGCGGAGGACAAUAACAACAAUGUGGCCACGGUCCCCUCCACAGAGCAGAUCCCGAGUCCUGUGGCUGAGGCCCCGUCUCCAGGGGAAGAGCCGGUCCCUCCAGCACCUCUUCCCCCCACCAGUCACCCUCCCGCCACCUCCACGAGCAAGCGGACCAACUUGAAGAAGCCCAACUCAGAGCGGACAGGGCACGGGCUGAGAGUCCGGUUUAACCCCCUGGCACUACUCCUAGACGCAUCCCUGGAAGGAGAGUUUGAUCUGGUGCAGAGGAUCAUCUAUGAGGUGGAAGAUCCCAGCAAGCCCAACGACGAAGGGAUCACGCCGCUACACAACGCCGUCUGUGCCGGCCACCAUCACAUCGUGAAGUUCCUGCUGGACUUUGGCGUCAACGUGAAUGCUGCCGAUAGUGAUGGAUGGACGCCGCUGCACUGCGCUGCCUCUUGUAACAGCGUUCACCUCUGCAAGCAGCUGGUGGAGAGUGGUGCCGCCAUUUUUGCCUCAACCAUAAGCGACAUUGAAACUGCUGCAGACAAGUGUGAGGAGAUGGAGGAAGGCUACAUCCAGUGCUCCCAGUUUCUAUACGGGGUACAGGAGAAGCUGGGUGUGAUGAACAAAGGUGUGGUGUAUGCUCUGUGGGACUACGAGGCCCAGAACAGUGAUGAGCUGUCCUUCCAUGAAGGGGAUGCCCUCACCAUCCUGAGGCGCAAGGACGAAAGCGAGACUGAGUGGUGGUGGGCGCGCCUUGGAGAACGGGAGGGCUAUGUGCCCAAAAACCUGCUGGGGCUGUAUCCACGCAUCAAACCCCGACAGCGCACGCUCGCCUGAACUUCCUUUUGGAGCACUGCGUGGUCUUGCCAGCUACCAGGAGCCACUGAAGAGAUUAUUCUGCUGUUUUCCCAGGAAAGCUGAAGCUAGGAAAUGGUCUUAAUGGUGCUCACUUUAGCAGACAGCGUCCACAAUGUGAAUCCUGCAGUUUCUAGGUGAGGCCCUUUCUCCAGUUUGCCCAUAAGUGGGAGAGGUACUUUUGCCUCCAAGGACUGAAUUUUGCCAAUUACUGUAAAUCCAAAUAAAUACCCGCUUUCCAAACACCCACCCCUCUUGCCAAUAAGUCCUAUAAUUAACCCCUGGUUGGUUGCCAGUGAAGACAAGUUCUGACUGAGUUGGCCCCAAGGCUGUCACCCUCUAGCAGUGAACGCUGUCUGCUGCUGUGGGGCGCGCUCCCCUGCGACAGCCCCGCCUCCUGUCCCAAAUCGGAGACUCAUCCUCCUCCCCAUACACGAUCCUUCUUCCCUUCAUCACCAAAGGAGCCUCUGUAUGGAAACUUCUGUCCAGUGUGCUGCCCAAUGUGUAUGCCUCCCAGCAACCACCCUGCUUGGCCGCCUUGGGGGGUUCUGCUUCCUUUUCCAGGUGCUGCUCUAGUUCACCUAAAGGCUGAUUGUGCAGGCCCGGUGCUGUGGCUGGACUGCUGCGCCAUGGGCACCAGGGCCCCCCCAAGACCAGGUGACAGUCAGGAGCACCUCAGCAUGGACUCUUCUCCCUGAUCUCACAGCCUCUCAUGCUGCUUAGUGUGAUUCUGACCCUCGCAAGCUCGAAUUCCAGUUCUUUGAAUGCAGUCAGGCGCUGGAGGCCAUGGCAGUGGAGGGCAGUGGGGGUUGGGGGCUGGACUGGUGUGAGGGCAGAGCAGGGCCAGAUGGACGGGGAUGUUUGGUGCCGGAGGGAUGGCAGGUGCCUGGUGUCAGGAGGGGCCGCCACCGAGGGGGAGCAGCUAGGGCAGAGGAGCUGGGGGCAGGGGCCACCCCUCUGCUGCUGGUCUCCCUGCCCAGGCUGGCUGUCAGGCCAUCACCUUUGUCUGAGGCCCAGCCUCAAGGCAAGGAGGGUGCACUUCACUGAGGUGUGAAUUGUACGUACAGGCUUUUUAUAUACCAAAAGUAUUUUUUGACUAGACCAUUCAAAGCUCCCCGAACUAUGUUGGAAAUUUUUUUUCCUCAUUAAACUACAGGCCCUUAGGCUCUAUUUUCAUGUAUGAGUCUUGUGUGUAAUUUAUGUAUAGAUGUGUGUAGUGUCACUGAGGCAGCACUGUAGCCCAACACCUUGGAGCAUUGACUGACUGUACAUAGUGUGGUGAAGAAAAGUGAACUCCAUUGUGGAGCAGCCUGGCCACUGCCAGCCCGACACUGCUGACGCUGUGUAAAUGUGCACAAUAAACCCGUCUCACCCCGG